AUGGACGCAAAGGUUCGUGACGCGUUGGAAAGACGUCGAUUGAAAACAGGACACAGUGACUUUGAUCAUUGCUAUGAGUAUUACUUUGGCGAGUUCCCCGAAGAACCAGAAACGAGAAGAAAAUGCAACGACGCAUUCGAAUCUCUGUAUCAACAAUAUUUCAAUACAAAAAACCACGAGAAUCACACGUUGCCGAAGACACAUGCUCUUCUGUCAAAACCAUCCUUCUUUGAUCUUACGCUACAUCCCAAAAUCACAGAUCUCAUCGCCACGCAUCACCAAACAAACAAAAACGAAGAAUCACUAAAAAUUCAACAAGAUGCGUCCGAACAACAAUCAAAUCGGGAAUCCUCAACUAACACUUGUUUAACGGGUCAGGCGGAACUUGCGGGGAACGACGUCCACUGCUCAAAAAUCUCUGAUGGUCUCCCGUCGGCAGUCAUAAGUCCCAAGAGAGCUGACGAUGAAAAUUCAAUUACCGAUAAUGUAUCCGGGACAUCAAAGGGCGCACCACGAAAAAAACCCAAAGUAUGUCGUCCAAAGGUUGGAAGGAAAACUGCGACGGAUCAGGUAUAA